GUGAGUCCCUCAGCUCUUCACAGAUGCUCACUUGACGGAGAAACUAAUACUGGUGUAAAAACAGCGACUGAACGGCAUUAAUGAUGGAUAUUGCUGCUAAUGAGCGACGCGUGAACCGCUGGAUUAUUAAACGCGUUGGAUUGCGACGCGUCACGGUCCGUCCACACUUUCACCAUUAGAACAGCUGGAGCUCAACGGGUGCAUCUCUUCAGUCUUCAGUAUGAGAGCAGCUCUGAUCACCAGUGUCGCUGUGGUCUUGUGGCAGAUCUUUAUGUGCCAUCAAACACACAACCAGAGGACGGCGGGGUCUCGUGGUUCAGACGGCACGACGCUGAGCUGGUGGAGCUCCUGGGGUUUUUGGGGUGAAUGUUCACACUCCUGCGGUGGAGGUGUUCAGGGACAGACCCGAGUGUGUGUGCCGCGUAACACAUCAGCAGCGGCGGUGGCAGAAAACACACACACACAUGCACAGGAGCAUCAGGGACGAGGCAGUGGCAGCAGAUCUGGACGGAGGAAAGUGAACACGAGCCGCAUCAGUCCAGGGAUGUACGGAUACGGCAGGAUUUCAUUCGUCAGUCCAUUACAGAGAGACUCCAGCAGGACGUCCCGACACAAACACGCACGAUCGGCAUCAGUGUUUCCACAGCAGAGCUUCAGGACACACCGCAGAAACACACAGAGAAACACAGAAGAGCAGAAACCGCUGCUGAACACCUCCUGCCCUGGAGCCCCGGUACAGCGCAGGAUCUGCAACACCAUGGCGUGUCCAUCCUCCAGCAGACCCGUCAAAGAGCUCCAGUGCUCCUCCUUCAACACGCAGCUCUUCAUGGGCCGCCGAUACCAGUGGGAGCCCCUGCAUGACGUGUCCACCGAUGUGAGCUGUGAGCUGAACUGUCGUGCCGUCGGUUUCCGCUUUUACGUUCGUCAGGCGGAUCGAGUGGCUGACGGGACGUCCUGCGGCCCCAAACACACCGCUGUGUGUGUGGAUGGAAAGUGUCUGAGCGCAGGCUGCGAUGACCUCCUGGGCUCCGGGAAGGUUGCAGACCGCUGUGGAGUGUGUGGUGGUGAUAACAGUGCAUGUCAGCUUGUCUCCGGACUCUUCCAGCACAGCCUGUCCAAAGUGGGCUACCAUAAAAUCAUCGAGAUCCCACCCGGAGCCACCAAAAUCAACGUCACCGAGAUGCUGAAGAGCAGGAACUACCUGGCUCUGCUCAGCCGGUCUGGUCGGUCCAUCAUUAAUGGGAACUGGGCCAUUGACCGUCCAGGAAUGUAUGAGGGAGUGGGAACCAUGUUCACGUACCGGCGACCCAACGAGAUCAGCAGCACCGCAGGAGAGUCACUACUGGCCGACGGGCCCACCAAUGAAAUCCUGGACGUAUACAUGAUCUACCAGCAGCCCAAUCCAGGUGUUCGUUAUGAGUUCAUCAUGCCGUCAGAUAAUGCUGUUGAUGCUCAGCGGCCGAAAGACAAACACCUGCACUUAAGUGUGCUGAAGCCUGAGUCUGGCUCUGAUGUGAGCAGUCAGUCGACUCUGGACAGUCGAGAGGGGUCAGGGGUCAGAUUCAGUCCUGCUGUUCCUGAUAACCAUCUUCCAUCAGAGCGCAGCAGAGAGUAUAACUGGAAGCUGAGUGGCAGCAGCGACUGCAGCGCCUCCUGUGGCAGAGGCAGCAGGUUCUCAGUGUUCUCCUGUGUUCAUCGCGUCACACACACACACGUGCCGAAUGCUCUGUGUGACAGCAGCACCAAACCCAGCGCACAGGAGGAGCCCUGCAACCUGCAGCCCUGCCCCGCAUUCUGGGACAUCGGUGAGUGGUCUGAGUGCAGUAAGUCGUGUGGUCUGGGAAUGCAGCACCGGCAGGUUCUGUGUCGUCAGGUGUUUGCGAACCGCACUCUGAGCGUACACACCAGCCGCUGCACACACACCGAGCGUCCCGAAACCAGCAGCGCCUGCCAGAUCAAGAUCUGCAGCGAGUGGCACAUCCGCACCGACUGGAGUCCUUGCUCUGUGCCCUGUGGCGUGGGUCAGAGGUCGCGGGAGGUGCACUGCAUCAGUAAUGUUGGUGAUAUUGUGUCAGACGAGGAGUGCAACAUGAAGCUGCGGCCCAGUGAUGUGGAGAACUGUGAUGCUGGAGCCUGCAGCAGGAGCUGGUUCUACAGCGACUGGAGCACUCGGUGUUCCUCAGAGUGUGGGUCGGGUCUGCGCUCCCGCUCUGUCCUCUGUGUGAGCGGUCAGGUCAGUGUUCUCCCUCUGGACUCCUGUGGUUCUGAUCGGCCCUCAGACGUGCAGCCCUGCAGCUCGGGCCCCUGCGAGAGCCGCACAGAGUGGUUCACCAGCCCCUGGAGCCAGUGUUCGGCUGAGUGUGGCUCCGGCAGCCAGCAGAGGGCAGUGGUGUGUGUGUUGCGCACUGAAGGCAGUUUCUCUGUCACACCGGCGUACGAGUGCUCGUCUCUGGACAAACCUCUCGCUCAGCAGAGCUGCUUUAUCAAGGCCUGUGGAGCCCAGUGGCACUACACUGACUGGAGCACGUGCUCCAGGUCAUGUGAGUCUGGUUUUCGGCUGAGGGAGGUGCUCUGUCUGUCUGAUGAUAUGAAGCCCAGCGACGGCUGCAGCCAAUCACUGAAGCCGCAUCACAGGGAGGCGUGCCAUCCGGGGCCCUGCCUGGCUCUCAUUGAUGAGAAGUGUCGUGAUAAGUACUUCAACUGUAAUGUGGUGGUUCAGGCGCGUCUCUGCGUGUACGAUUACUAUCAGCAGGUGUGUUGUGCGUCCUGCACACGAGCGGCUCAGCGGAGAUCAGGACACUGAUGGAGAGACAGGUGCACGGACCCUGACCACACACACACACACACACACACUGGAUGAACACUGCGCUGAUUUAUUAGGACUUCAGCUGUCUGGAUCUCACACUAGCUACAGUUGAGGGCAAAAUUAUUCACCCCUGUGCAAUAUUUAUUCUUUUCCAAUAUUUCCCAGAUGAUGUUGAACAGAUUCAGGAAUUUCUCACAGUAUUUCUGAUAAUAUUAUUUCUUCUGGAGAAAGUCUGAUUUGUUUUAUUUCAGCUAGAAUAAAAGCAGUUCUUAAUAGUUUUAAACCCAUUUUAAGCUCAAUAUUAUUAGCCCCUUCAGCAAUAUUAGUGUUGGAUUGUCUCCAGAAUAAACCACUGUUAUACAAUGAGUUGCCUAAUUACCCUAACUUUACCCUAAUUACCCUAGUGAAGCCUUUAAAUGUCACUUUAAGCUGAAUACUAGUGUCUUGAAGAAUAUCUAGUCUAAUAUUAUUUACUGUCAUCAUGACAAAGAGAAAAUAAAUCAGUUAUUAGAGAUGAGUUAUUAAGUGAAGUUUAUUUAUAAGCUAAUUUGGAGAGGAUCACCUGCUUAUGAUUGAUCACAGCUGGUCCUGCAUUAUCUAAUUAAUGAUUGACCAAUCAGACGAUUCCUAAGCCACUCUCAGUCACUCUCAGUUCCAGAUCACAGCCAUCUUCAUUUUGAAGAAUCCCCCCUUCCACCCCUACUCCUCCUUCUUUCCUAGAUGGGUGGCACGGUGGCCCAGUGGUUAGCACUGUUGCCUCACAGCAAGAACGUCACUGGUUCUAGUCCUUACCAAGCCAGCCGACGUUUCUGUAUAGAGUUUACACGUUCUCCCCGUGCUCACGUGGAUUUCCCCCCGGGUUCCCCGGUUUCCUCCCACCCCAAAAACAUGCAACUUAAGUUAAUUGACUAAUCCAAAUCAGCACCAUACACAUGCUCCUAGUAAGUAGUUAUCUCGUAACAGCGAUCACUAUCUGUUUAUUAGCUACUACAGCAGGGGAGUUCUCCAGAACUACCUGUGCUCAAACUCCCCUCUCGCCUUGCAAACGUAAGGGAGCCCCAUGCUCGAGGAUCUUAUGAGCUCAGGGCUCUCUCCCGGGACAGCAUGCCUAACAAGCUUAUAAUCGAUCAUCAGCUCAGUGUGAACUCUUGAAAACUCUUAUGUGUAGAAAUGUGUUGAGAAAUCUUCUCUCCAUUAAACAGAAGCUGGGAGAAAACAUAUAAAAUAAUUCUAAUUUAACAGGAGGAUGAAUAAUUCUGACUUCAGCUCUGUGUUUCCAUCCACCGAUAAUUAUGCACACUUUGGACUAUCACAUAUUUAAAUGUUUAACAGGGCUUGAAAUUGUGACCGUUCUGGUCGUAUAUGUGUCCGAAAUUUUAUCUGUGCGACCUCAAAAUAUAUUUGGGAGCAUUUGUACGAGUGCAUAAAAUUGUUGUCGUUUUCACAGCAAAAUGUUCAGCGCAUUUAAGAGACAUUCACGCAUUAAACAUCUUUGAAACCUAAAAAUGCCAAACGCAGCGCUCAGGACUGCUUUAAAACCGUUCACAUGUCAACUUGCUGCGGUAAACAAAGCCUGUAAUGCUUGUCCCGCCUUCAAGCUCUUCUUAUUGGCCCACUGCGCUAGAACAGAACAAGAAUGGAUUAGUUAAUAUCAGAUGUUCAGAUGACAGGGAGGGAGCUACAGCUGCGAAAACGUAACGGUGUGGAUACGAGAGAAUGAAAACAACACUGACAGAUUUAGUUUUAGAAACCACCUAAAGUUACCGAUAAUGACACAUCUGAUUACUGAUCAUGUGCUGAAAGUUAAUCCAGCAUCUACACUUUUCUAAGAGUGGAUAAAAGACUUCCAUUGGCUAUGUCCGCUAUGAAAAUGACCAAAGCAUUCACUGUAAAGCUGGUGGGAUGGAGUUUUCAGGUAACUGUUUGCCACAUCUACACAGUUUAAGCAGGAGAUGUUCUAUUUAAUCCUACAUUUAAUCAUCACGAUGCUGUCAGUGGUGCGACUGACACCGCGUUCACCAUCUCUAAAGAGCAUGCAUUUACUGAGAUGAAACUAAUAUUGCAGCUCAUGAAAAGACCGUUAAUGCUAUGAAGAUGACGAAUGCAAAUCAUAAGUUAUAACAUUAAAUCAAUAUCAUCUCUGCAGUAUCAGACAGCACCCGAGAGAGCAGCACAGUUAUUAUUGAUAACUCAGUUCAUCUCAUUCACGUCCAGCAGUGUGUGCAGGGCCGCUGAGCGCAUGCAGAUGUUUGUUUAUGUGUUAGCUUUGAUUACUGUUGAUUUCAAAUGCACUAAAUCUGUUAAUAUAAAACGUGUAGGAACUGUGCUCAUACUUGUUGGUGGGUGCGACUGCAUUUUUGAAGUUAGGAGAACAGGUGCUACCUAGAAAAAAAGGUUAAUUUCAAGCCCUAUUUAACAGAUAUACUAAGAUGUGCACACAUUUAGAUAAUAUGCAUUAAUAAUGUGUGCGCACAGCUGAGUAGCAUUAGUCCCUUUAUUAAUCAGGGGCCGCCACAGCGGAAUGAACCACCAACUAUUCUAGCAUAUGUUUUACACAGCGGAUGUCCUUCCAACCGCAACCCAGGACUGGGAAACACCCAUACACACUCAUUCACACACACAAUCAUACACUACAGCCAAUUUAGUACAUUAGAACAUGCAAACUCCACACAGAUAUGCAAACUGACCCAGCUGGGCUCAGUGACCUUCUUGCAGGGUUGUUGCUAGAUCAGAUAUGGUUACGGCUGGAAGUUAACAAGAAUUAUUUAUAUUAUUUAUAAAAUGUCCCAUUUAUUACAGAUAUAUUCAGAUAUAUACAAUAUUCCCAUUUUAUUAACGUCCACCCCCACCCUAAACCCAAUCGCCACAGUAACAUAAAACAGUAGUUGUACCAAGUAUUAAGUAUGUUAUCUAUUAAAUUACCCAAUGAAUUGUAUAUUUUGAUGCAUUCCCCCACACUAACCCUAAACCCAUCCGUCACAGUACUGUAAAAAUAUGAAUUAUUGUUAUUCACCUUACUCUCCGCGUGUGAGCAGACGCAGCCAUUUGAAUCUUUUUAACUCGAGGCUUCCGCUUUCAUUCACUUCCAUUCAUUUUUAGACAUUAAAAACAGCUUGUUAUGCUGCUUAAUGGUGCAAACAGAUCUUUUCUUAUUGUAUUAUUCUACUUUUUAUGUAUUGUAAUGCAAACACUUGUUUGUAAAGUAGUUUGAUCGUUUUCUGCCGGUUGAAUCGGGAGUCCUAAAACAAUCGCAGAAACGAGCGCACUUCAGCAUUGUAGAAUAAGGUCAAUGCAGUGUCUUGUUAAAAAUAUGAGUAAGAAAGUUAAGCCAAGUCUAAACUGUUUUCGUUUUAUUAGAAGGUUUUCAACAUAUACUGCAGAAUUAUACGUGCACACAAUUAUAUUCUCUCACUUGACAUAUUGCAUUACAUCGUGGUCACAAGCCUCUUUAACUGCAUUGAAGCCUAUAGACUCAAUAUAUAAACAAGCAGUUCAAAUGAUGGACUUGAUGCCUAUGCGAUGGCAUCAUUGUGAAGUUUUAUGUAAACAUAACCUUUUUAGUUUUGAGUUUUAUUCAAUUUAAUGAUCUUAAAUUGGUUUUUAAAUGUUUAAAUAAUCAUGUACUAAUGCUGUUUUCUGAUCUAAUCAGUCAGCAUCAAACCUCUUACAGAGUCACACGAGCAACUGCUGAUGGUGACUGUCUAGUACCAAAGUGGAAGACCUCAUUUGGUCAAUCUGUCUUCUCUAAAGGGAGCCAAACUGUGGGAUGAUUUACCUGUUAGCUUAAAAUCAGAAAGAAAUCUAAAUAUUUUUAGUAGUGUUCUUAAAAAGAGGUUAAAAAGAGGCUCUCCCGUCUCACGCCUCCAAAAGCCACUGCGUUCAUUACGUUUGGUCUUCUGAGGCGCAGCUCAUUUAUUAGAGAACAAACACCAGUGGAGAAUCCCAACAGUGCAGCACACUCCACUCCUCUCAGUGAUAUCUGUGCAGGAGCAGCAGGAGCUGAGGAGCUGAUGCUCUUCUGUGUAUCACUGUAUGAAAACACCAGCCACAUUCACUAAUGUUUUAUGAGAUAUUACAGUUUUGCGCAUAAAUCUAAUUCUCAUCUUUGGAUGGAAACACAGCUAAUGUUCACGAUUCAUACUGACACGAUCGUAAAAUCAUCUCUGAAUUAUGCCAAAUAUAUCAGUCUGAUUCACUGCCACAAACAAGAUUCAUAUCUGCAAGCAGCUGAUUACUCUGAUUACUACUCAUUACACCAUGCAUAUUGUACAAAAUAAGAUUCACAGAUGCAACGCUGAAAUAAUAAAUGUGUUUGGACAUUU